ACGAUGAGGGCGGACAGCGGUGUGGACCACACAGCCUGUGUCCGGGGAGGGUAAAGGUGCCGCCUAAAAGCGUGCCGAGUUAUUGGAUACGUGUUGUUGCUAGGGGCGUGGGUUGUGCCGUGAAAUGUUCUAGUUUCCCCAAACCUGAAAGAGAUGAAAUUGAAGAAGAAAACAGCAUUAUCAUCUGGAACGACAGAUGCGCUGAGAGCUGUGUGCUCCGACGACGUGGGGCAAGCUGUGCCGCAGUGAGCAUAAUCUGAUAAGCGCUUGUGUCCAUCCUGCACUCGGCUUCAGGACGACGCAGGAGAGGAAAAAGUAUAUGCGGAGUGUGAGGAUAGAUGGAAUUAUGCUGAGGUCACACUUCUCGGAGCUGAUUCACACUUUCACCCGGAACACCUGCUGUAUAUUUGCAUCCACCGGAGUCCGUCUCGAUGACUGACGCGCACUUGCUUGUCCCGUGAUGUGUCUUUGGAGGAGCCGGUGCGUGCCACGGUCUAAACAUCCCCGCCUGUCCACUGUAGGCCUAUAGAACAGCUAUUUGUCUGCGGAACAAAUCACAGUUUUAUAGUAGGCGCAGGAUCUUAUGCAAUGUGGUCGAAACGGAUUUCGUGAGCUCAUAGGUUAAACUGACAGCGACACCAGGCUUAGGUCGCCUUGCUCUGUGCUGUACUGCAGCAAGGUGGACCACCGGGGCGUGAGGUGGCAAGGAGCAAUGCACGCAUCCUCCCCGCUGGACAUUUUUUGGGGGAUGUUUUGUGUCCCGAACAAACAAAAAACCCAAGGCCAUACACCCUAAACUGGCGAACUGCGUCACCGUGUUGGAGUGUUGCAGGUAAGCAGCGAACUCUUCCACCGCUACGAGAGAGCGGCUCAUCAUCCUCCAGAAACAAUGUCGCCGGUGAGUGUUUAACAGCGUAACCGGGAUGGAUUCGGUGGAUUCAAGCAAAGAUCCGCCACUGGGAUCCACGUUUUCCUCAGCACCUAAUCUGGACUCGGACAUUAAUGCAAAUGCUUGCAGGCCUGUGUAUGAGAAUGGUACAGACCACAAUGUCAACAUACAAAACACAGCCCUGCGUGGAGCAAGUGACCCCAGCUCAUACCCCUCCACAGACUACCAGGUGCCGGUCCGCCACAGGUUUAUUCGGCGGAGCCAGUGGUUGUCAGACUCCGAAGAGCCGCCGGUGGACACACCGGAGUUCGCCAACAGCAGCCCGGCACUCAACAUCGACCUGCGAACCAUCGUUGACAGGAGUCGGGCGCGGGUUCUGCACGCGACCCGCCUCCAGGAGACCUCGAGCACGGAGAGCCAGGUGGGCCUGAAAGACAUGGCCACAGAGAGCGUGAACGCGGACGAGGAGAAGGGAGGCAGGAGCGAAAGCGAGCCCAAGGCAGAGGUCGUGCCCUCCGAUGUCACAGGUAAAGCAGGAAGUGACGAAAACGAAGAGGAGCCCGGAAUGAAGGCUGUGGCCACCUCGCCCGGAGGGCGCUUCCUCAAGUUUGACAUCGAGCUGGGGAGAGGGUCUUUCAAAACUGUCUAUAAAGGUCUCGACACCGACACCUGGGUCGAAGUGGCCUGGUGUGAGCUUCAGGAACGGAAACUGUCCAAAGCAGAGAGACAGAGAUUCAAAGAGGAAGCAGAAAUGCUAAAGGCUCUCCAGCAUCCCAACAUUGUGCGAUUUUAUGACUUCUGGGAAUCACCCGUCAAAGGGAAAAAGUGUAUUGUUCUGGUGACAGAGCUGAUGACCUCAGGAACACUAAAAACGUAUCUGAAGCGCUUUAAGGUCAUGAAGCCUAAAGUUCUUAGAAGCUGGUGCAGACAAAUUCUCAAAGGCCUCCACUUCCUCCACACUAGAACUCCUCCGAUCAUCCACAGAGACCUUAAGUGUGACAACAUCUUCAUCACUGGUCCUACGGGCUCUGUCAAAAUCGGAGACCUGGGCCUGGCGACUCUAAAGAGAGCCUCUUUUGCUAAAAGUGUUAUUGGAACUCCAGAGUUCAUGGCUCCAGAGAUGUAUGAGGAGCACUAUGACGAGGCCGUGGAUGUCUACGCCUUUGGGAUGUGUAUGCUGGAGAUGGCAACAUCUGAAUAUCCCUACUCUGAAUGUCAAAAUGCUGCUCAGAUCUACCGCAAAGUGACCAGCGGGGUGAAACCUGCCAGCUACAGCAAAGUCCGCGACCCAGAAAUUAAGGAAAUAAUCGGGGAGUGCAUCUGUCACAGAUGGGAAGAAAGGUACUCCAUCAAGGACCUCCUGAAUCACGCCUUCUUUGCAGAGGACACGGGUGUGAGGGUGGAGCUCAAUGAAGAAGAUGAUGGGAAAAAAGCAUCCAUCGCUCUAAAGCUGUGGGUCGAAGAUCCUAAAAAACUGAAGGGAAAAUACAAAGACACUGGUGCCAUUGAGUUUACCUUUGAUUUGGUGCAUGAGGUCCCAGAAGUUGUUGCCCAAGAAAUGGUGGAUUCAGGUUUCUUUCUGGAUUGUGAUGUGAAGAUCGUUGGGAAGUCCAUCAGAGAUCGUGUAGCUCUAAUCAAAUGGAGGAGGGAGCGGACUGUCUCACCAAAUGGAAACAGCGAGACACCCGUGAAGAAAACUCAGCAGAACCUCCUACAGGUUCCCAGUACAGGGAUGCCACAGGGAGCUGCAUUAGCUACUACAGAUUAUGAAGACCAAGAGUCAGAGCAGCAGACUCUGAUCUGCACCGUCCCCGCUGCCACAUCUACCACAUCUGGCAGUGGAGUGAGCUCCACCAUGCAAUUAGAUGAGCAAAACAAUCAGCAGAAUGGCCCCUACCCAACGUUUCAAGAACCUGUUACCACAACUCAGAUUAUCUACAGUCCUCCUGCACAGACUGACCCUCAGCUGCACCAGGGGCCUUACCAGCAGUCCACUGCACAGUCCGUGCAGUUACACCAAGGAGCGUACCAGAAAACCGCAGGCCAGCUGCACCCUGGGACCUUUCAACAACCUGCAUCACAACUGCACCAGGGGCCUUAUCAGUGUCAAACACGUCACUACAGUGAUCCCUUUGUUUGCCAUGAGAACCUGCUCAUCACUGAAAGUACUAUGUGUCUUAGGCGUGGCAGUGCCUCAAUGGUUGAGAUGGUACAGUGUAGGAUGCAAUCGCUAACUAAGACAACUCCACUCCCCUGCUUGUGUCCGUUACAGGAAGUGUCUCCGGCAAAUAGCACAGAGAGUCGAGUGCACGAUACAAACUGCCUGUAUGCUAACUCUGCCCAGAAGCCGUCAUUGUUAUCGCCUUUCUUGCUCCCCCAUCAACACUCUCAUCAUGACUCAGCAAGUCAUUUCGAUUCACCUCACCUUCCCCUUAAUUUACAACCUCCUGCAGAGCUGCCUCCAUGUGUCCCACGCAGCCCAGGGCCUCACCAUCACUGCAAAGCUUGCAUGUCUCUCCUCUGCAAGGACAGGACAAAAGGAGGUGGAUCACUGGGACACACACACAAACGCACUGACACCACAUCCACCCAGUUUGCUCCAGUCUCCAAGCCAAGCUCGCCCACAUCUCUUCAUCAGCCAAGGUCUCCUCCCUCUCUGCCCACUACCACAUCAUCAAAUUGUCAGCCCGUCGUGGCAGCUUCUCCUUCACAUCUUUCUCCACCUUCACAAAAUGUGUUCCCACGGAGUUUGUAUGAAGGUGGAGAUCUCACGCUCCUCAACUACUGUCUCCAUCACAUUGUCAGUCGCAGGACCAGCUCCCCCACCCUCUCUGAUAGAGGUGUUAAUCAUCCACUACACAACCAAACUGGGGUUUGUUGUUCUUCAGUACGUGAGCAUAAAGACAAGAGCCAGAGCCUGGAUGCUCCGUUCUACUGUUCUCCAAAUGUGGUUAGGAACCUGCAGUUAUCAUCACAUCACAGCAAAGACAGAGCCAAUUCUCUGACAGCUCCUGCUCCAGCUACGCCAGCCACUGCUGCUAACCAGAGCAGACAGUGCUUUCCAGCUGCAGGCCCAACUCUACAGACACAGAACACUGCCCAGCCCAACCAGGAGCAGUUUUCCUCACCAUAUGCAGUUAUUCAAACAGGGGGCCACAAGCCUUCCCCCGUCUCGCCAGCUCCUCUGCUAUCUGUCUACAGCAGCAGUGAAUCCACUAUGUCUAGCACCUAUUACUCACGUUCACCCCACCGUCCCUCUCUGCCUCUGAUUCCUCAUUCUGCCAUGCCAUCUAUGUCUACUCUUGGCACUCCUCUGUCCACACCUCAGCAUGUAGCCAGUGUGGCAUUCCCCCUCCCAUUUUUUGCCAUGGCCGUGUCCUCAGCAGUGCCACAGCAGCAGGGCAGCCCCUCCACAUCUCAACCAAACCUAAGUUUCCAUUCCACCCAUCCCUUACCUCUCUCUCAGGUACAACCCACCCCAUACCCUGCCCCCAAUCCUGAGCACGGUCUGGCUGAGCAGCCUGUCCAGAUACAGUCACUCACUCCGCAUGGCACUCUGGGAGACUUUCAGCAUUUGGGUGCGGUUCACUCAGUUUUGCCUACUGUUCAGACUUCUCUCUGGGGAAGGGGAACAGAUUCAGAAACUAGUGGAGCUGGCCUUGACUUAGCAGGAGCUUCUACAAUUUCAGCCCCAGUCCCAGCCCCAGCGUCAAUCCCAAUCCCAGCUAAUGUUGUUACUCAACCUCCAGCACAAAUUCUGGCUGUGGUGGGAGCACAAAACCAACUUCAAGUCCCAGUAUCAGCUCAGGCUGCAGUUAUGCCUCAAACCACAACCCUUCUUAAAUCCCCCACUUCAAUCCCAAUACAAGUUCCAACAGCAAUUCAAGCUGCAGUCUCAGCCCCAGCUCAACCACUAGUAUCAGCAUCGGGUCCCAUUUUGGAGCAAACAGAAGUCUCCUCUGUGAGCAUACUUUCAUCCAAACCCGAAAUGUCAGUCCCAGGCUUGGUUUCAGGCCCAAACACCCUGCCAGCACCAGUUCAGUCUGCAGCUCCUGUUCCCGCUCCAGCUUCUGUCACAACUUCAGUCCCAGCUCCAGUUCUGCAGCCUCCUGGCACCCAGACAACAGUCUCAAUACCCGAGUGUUCCAGCCUGCCUGCAACUCAGCAAACUGCAGACAUGGCAUCUGCAUCCAGCACCCCUCAUCAAGAGCCCUGUGCAGAGGAGGUGCUUCAGGAAAAACCAAUAUCUUUACCCAGUUAUGAAUUUGACAGUCUCAAGUCUGAUAUACCAUCUGGUAAGGAAACAAGUGAUGGCUAUGAAAGCUUUGCUAGUGUGGGAAAGGGAGAUGGGAAACCGAGGAAACAUCACCGCAAGUCUGCCCGCACCCGUUCCAGGCAGGAAAAGACCAGCAAACCAAAGCUGAGCAUGCUCAAUGUUUGCAACACUGGUGAUAAAAUGGUCGAAUGCCAGCUGGAGACUCACAACCACAAAAUGGUGACAUUUAAAUUUGAUCUGGAUGGAGACGCUCCCGAGGAAAUCGCUACUUACAUGGUAGAGAAUGGCUUCAUCUUGAUGUUAGAGAAGGAAAUCUUUAUUGACCAGCUGAAGGAUAUUGUGGAUAAAGCUGAAGACAUGCUGAAUGAAGACAUGGAGGGUGAAAGGGACACAGCUUUGAGUUGCAGUCCUUUACAAGUCCAGCCAUUUGAAGCAUUAGUAGGAGAGAGUCAGCAGCCUGGAGGAUCUCAACCAGUCUAUCAGCAAAAUGUUCUUCAUACAGGAAAGAGAUGGUUCAUAAUCUGCCCUGUAGAGGAGAUACCUACAUCCAGUCAGGAGACCCCCUCUGACGGGACAACUACGCAGUCACCUGGGAGCUCAGCCGCUAUGCACCCUGCUGACAGCACCACUGCAAAGCCCUCCAGAGAAGAGGGUUCAUCUUCCACAAUGUCUGGGGGAAGUGGAGGUUUCUCUUACGACGUGUACGGAUUCUGCAGUCCUCCAAUAAUGUCCAACACAGACCCGCUCCUCCUGGCCACCCUGUCACCUCCUGUGUCUGCACCUCCGACUCUCCAGUCAGUGCCAUCAGUGGAGCCAGCAGGCAGUUCAAUGCAACACAGCAUGCAAGCCCAGACAGCCAGAACACAAACAUCAUCCCCGCAUGCUGCUUUCCCUGUGGAAGAUUCGCAGGGAUCCCCUCUCGGCUCCAUCUCACCAAUCCAUGCAUCUCAGAAGUUGCCUGAUAUGACAUGCCCGGUUUCUAUUGCUGACGACGUGCCCUGCUGCCCUCUGGUCAUGCCCCUCUCUCUCGAUGUGAGCACUUCACAGGUUGGAUCUCCGCUUACUCUUCCGCUCCAGGAGCCAGGAUCAGUCAAAGAGGCACCGGCUGUCUCCUACGCCCCUGCUGCACGGAGCGAGCGACCACAGCAACCUGUGGUGCUGCAUCAGCCUUUUGCCACUGUUGGAGGGACCAAAGUGUCCUCACUACCACAGAGUCCAGCACCAUCCCAGCAUGGUGCAGGUCCCAGUGAGUCCGAUGGUGAAGGAAGACUGGCUCGUAGCGGCUUUGUGGACAGCACCAUUAAAACCCUGGAUGAGAAACUACGGAAUUUGCUCUACCAGGAGUAUGCUCCCAUGUAUCCAUCAGGCAGCGCUGCAGAGACACCAGGGUCUGGCACAGAGUACAUCCAGUCUCCUCCUGGUCCAGACAGCGCCACAGGAGGCUCAGGAAACAGCACCCCAGGGCCAAUAGGGGAGGGACGCUACAGAGGAGGUGAACAGCUGCCUCAAAUUCCAGAGAGAAUGGACAGUUUGAGCGCACUGAGUGAUUCAGCUGUGUGUGCAUCCCUGUCAAGAAGACACGUUCCUCACUCUGCUUCAUGCUCUGGAGCAAGAGGUCGAUUUAAGAUCACUCCUGUUGCCCCUGAAGUGGCCAACAGACGAGAUGUGAAGCAAAGGAGCUGGAGCAGCGCUGCCUCACCGGCGCACCCUGUGGGAUACAUUAGGGACCAUGGUCAGUUUGAUGCCAUGGCUACCUCCACCACAAUUGGCCGUUUCUCUGUGGUGAGCACUGAAGAUGACAUUACACAGAGGACACGUUGUAGCCGUUACUCUGCACCGCCUGAUUUCUAUCUGGACACGCCUCCUUCUAACGCCAAGCGGGGCUCUUUACCUCGUGCAAUGACAUCCGUCCCUGUGGAUGUCACGGUCCACGCUCGCUUCCUCUCCUCAGAUUCAGGGGCAGAGAGCAGCCCUGCAAAGCUGACUCCUGCCACCCCGUUGCAACACUCCCGCUCUGAGCGCAGAGGAAGUGACCUCAUGAAAAGGGCAGUGGCCUUUCUCCGUCGUUCUGGUCGCAGCAGCAGCGUGCAGAGCUCUGACUCACCGAGCAGGCAUGGUGGGGUGCACGGCUCUGCCUAUGGCAGCAGCGAUAAUGACUCCGAGAUGGAGGAUUCAGACAUAAAGAGAGAACUACAAAGACUCAGGGAGAAACAUCUGAAGGAAAUCUCUGAGCUGCAGGCCCAUCAGCGAGGGGAAGUGGAGCUCCUGUAUCGAAGACUUGGUAAAGUUCCUCCUCCUGGCCUGGGAGUUGCUGCACCACAUGCCAGCCGUAGAAAGAGGUCCAGCAAGCACAGGCUGAAGCCAGGCAAACUUCUCAGCCCUCUGGUUCAACAGUUUAGAAAUGUCACAACCAAAACUGGUGACUCUAGCAGAUCCAGUGCUGCUGCAGGUACGGGUGACAACACAGUUAGUUUAAAUGGGUCUCCAGCUAAAGGGUCUUUCCCCACUCACAGCAGGGCCCGGUCAUGCACCAGCCACCUUCCCAGCUCAACCUCGGAGCCUGUGCAGACUCAGCAGCCCUGCUCCCUUAAAGGCUCUUUAUCUUCUGAUAAUAUUUAUGCUGGACUACACGGAGAUGGAACUGGCACACAAGUGCCACCGGGGCAAGGCUGGUCUAAUUACCCUCAACCAUCUGAGAGAGUGACCUAUAAAUCGAGUAGCAAGCCACGAGCUAGAUUUCUCAGUGGGCCUGUGUCUUUAUCUAUCUGGGCGACACUGAAGCGACUUUGUCUUGGUAAAGAGCGUGGUAGCAGGUCUGGAGCUUCAGCAGGGGCUUCCAAUCAGUCACAGCAGCUGCCUGGGGGUGUCACACCUCCUCCACAUCAGCCGGUGAUAGGAUUGGCCCAAGCUCAAGCCAAUAACAGCAACAACAAAACAGGCACAUACAGUAGCACAUCUGCGAGUGCCCAUGAUAGCAACCUGCCUGAAGACUUACAACGACUAAUGGAUGACUGGGCCCAGGAGGUUCUGAUUGUCACCCACCGGCCUCGCACUAACUCUUUGAGUAUAACUCGACCCCAGCUUUGGGAUCAGGAUCCACUUCAAACAAGUGAACAGCUUGCUAGGGCUUCAGAUUUAUCGCCAUGGACAGCUUCAGGACCAGAGGCCUGUAGUUUGCCACUGUCCUGGCCUGAUGCCCCUGGGUCAACAAUGAUCGCUACCCCGCCGGCGGGGGCACAUCCCUCUUAUCAGCAUCACUCUCCUGCUCCAUUCAGGGCCUUGCCCUCACCUCUCUCUAUUAGCCAGUGGCCUGGGUUUUUCUUUCCCCUUCCUCCAGGAGUCUUUGCCUUUCCUGCUGUGGCCUCAGCUCAGGAUACCCACAGCUCCAUUCCAGCACCAUCAUAUCAGCCAACUGACCCCAAGGCGAGGACUCUCUAAUCUCUGUAGCAUUGUGUCUUCCAACUCCGUUACCAAAAAUAUAUCUCAUUGUAGUUCUAGUCAAUCUGUACAUAAUAGUGUAAAUAUAUAUAACCAGCACGUAUGUAAUCAUAUGUACAUACUCAUCCUUAGUCUUUUUGUUAUUUGUGUCAUUUUGCAUCAACAUACCUCAUGUCCGUAUUACAAUGCAUAAUCCUUGAGUGCAGUCCACUUGUAAUUAGCUGAAUCGUGCAUUAAAGUGCAGAUUUCUUUUUCUGUAUGUGCAUUGAAUGUACAUACUGUAUUUCUCAUUCAUAUUGUUUUUUCAGUUAAACAGCUGAUGUUUGUGUUGCUCAUCUCACUCAUAUAUAUAUAAGCUGCCGAGUGUAUAUAUGAAUUAUCGUCAGUCUGUAAAUAGCUCCUGUGUUUGUACAGUUACCAUUAGAUAAUCUGUAGGUUGGUGCUGCAGUUACGUGUCUUAAUGCAACACCUUAUUUGCCACCAUCAUGCCAUCACUGUGAAGACUUGACAUCCUGGUCACUAAGGCCAGUCGCUUUACUCUCUCUCAGUCCAAGGAUAGGUUUCAUUCUUCAUCGAUGAAAUGCUUCCAGCACAAGCGCUUGAAACAUCCUUAAGAGAUUUGAAUGAACUUGAACUUUAUCUUCAGGUGGAAAAAAAAAACACCUGUGAGAGUGCCUUGAAAUGCAGUUUCUGUUUUUUGAAGAAAAGCAUUUAGAUUCAAAGCAUACUCUAGAUAUAUUCUAUAUAAGCUUUCACCUUCACAGGUAAAUUAUGUGAUUUGAAUAAUGAAUGUGGAUUAAAACAUGUUUAAUUUAGCAACAAAACACAGCUAAACACUACAAUCCGGUGUUGCGGUACAUUAAAUAUCAGAGAUUGUAAAAAGAUUAAUGAAUAUCCAAAGCUGCAUUAGGUUAGCAUAUACUUGUGUAAGUUUCCUUGUUCACUGAAGUCAUGUUCUUGUGGGAUUGCUUUAGCACCUGCACAGCAGCCUGCAUGACCACACGGAUGUUCUCUGAAUCCCCACUGAGUGGUGUUCUGUGUUUAGAGUGGAUGUUGUUCAGAGAAAGCGAUUGAAAUCAUACAUAAGGAGGGCUGAAGGACUCAACACACGAGUCAAAAUCAUAAUCAUCCCAUACCUCUACUAAUGCAAUCUGUAGCUUUACAUAUUGUUGCCUUGUGGUUUUUAAGAGAUUACUGCGUGGAUGGUUUUCGUUUGAUAAAUGCUGUUGAUGUAAUAAUAUUAGGGGGGCAUAUGAUGAAUGUGAAUUACCGAAAAGCCACAACUGUUUGAUGUUUGCGUAAUAGGCAUAGGUUUUCAAAAUUGUAUAUUAGAUGCUGGCCUUUUAGCUCAUGCUUAUACGUAUUAAGGCUAAAAUGAUUCAAGGAUUUCCAAAAAAUAUAGUGCUUUCACUAUUUUAGUCAAAAACAAUACUUUAAUACAUCUCUUGCAUAAAUCAUUUACUCCCUUACAAGAGUUCUGGGGUUGCAUAAGUCAUUUUGUGUAUUUUUGAGUACAAAUGGCACAGUCAUCUUAAGAAAACACUUGCUUUUAUAAAUGUGGUCCCUUGUUUCCCUGUGUAAAACUACACAGUCAGUAUGGUAAGCCAAGCAGUUCUGUAAAGGCACAAUAAACACUUUUGGGGAACCAAAACAGAAAUGUUCUAUAUUUGCAGAAUUAGAGGACGCUAGAUUUCCCAUAAUGCAACACGCUAGCAUCUUUACAUCAUCAGGGUUGUUAUCUUUCAACAUUUAAAAAAAUUAUUUCAAAUUCACAAAACACAUUACGCAGACUGAGUAUAACACAUCAUAAACUGAACCUUAAAUGUAAAAUCAUUGGCAUGACCCUUUAAAAUUGUUUCACUUUUGCACAUUAGAGAGUAAUUGAAAAUGGAUUAUUUGUCUAUAAGGUAGAUCUUUAAUAAUGACCUAGAUAUUUUUUUUAAUCUCCUAUGCAGUAGUUUUCUUUGUGCUUUCCACUGUAACUUCUGUCUUUAAAUCUAAUGCUUGCAAUGACAGCUAGAUGUAUGAUUGCUUUUGCCUGCUAUAUCACCUGUUUUCCCAGCAGUUUCCUGACCUUGUCAGAUUGAUACCUUCUCAAAAAAAAGCUGUACAUACUUGAAGACAUAAAUAAAUUCAUUUUUGCUUGACACCACACAAUAUUAGUCACAUACUGCUUUCAUUA